AUGUGCGAGGCGGAGGUGGCCCCUUCCGUACACUGCUACUCCGCCCUGAUCAGGUGCUGCGCCACCAUCGGAAGUCCUCCAGAUGCCGAGUAUUGGUUCUCUCGUAUGCUGCACGGAGGCGUUUCGCCCACAGUGAUUGCAUACAAUGCCGUUCUGGAUAGCUUUGCGCAAGUGGGUGAUGAACGAGGCGCUGCCAAAUGGCAGCAGCGCAUCCAUGAGGCCGGCUUGGAACCAACUGAGUGUUCAUACUCAUCCAUCAUUACAGCAGCUGUGAGAAACCGGAACCAGGUUGCAGCAGUGAAUGCCUUGGAAGAGAUGCUGUCCAAGACCCUGCAGCCAAGCCUCGUGUGCUUCAAUGGGGUGAUUCACUCUUGUUCCAAAAACGAAGAGGCGGAGAAAUGGCUUAGGAAGUUGAGGGAGUCCAAUCUCCAACCCGAUGAGGUCACCUUCACCUCACUGAUUCACAGCGCCAAACGUAGCCCAAAGCAAGCGGUCCGUUGGUUGCGCUCCAUGAUCUCUGAAGGGCUGAAACCGAGUGUGGAAUGCUACACGGCAGUCAUCGACAGUUGUGCCGGCAGAGGGGAUCUGUCACAAGCAAUGCGCUCUUCCUCUGUGUUGCCCACAGAGGUCUCGUACACCGCGGUGGUGGACAGCUGCGUGAAGGAGGGCAAAUCCUCUUUGGCGUCGAAGUAUUUCCAGCGCAUGGCAGAUGAAGGUCUGACGCCGGACAUGGUCGCCUUCACCACUCUGAUCAGUGGCUUUCUUCGGAAGGGGGGAGUUUGCAGAGUGCCCGAUGCCACCUGCUACAAUGCCUUCUUGGCUGCCUGGGCGCGGCGUGGGGAUCUGCCAAAGGCCACAGAGCUGCUGGAGCAGAUGCAGCGAGAGGAGGUGACACCGGAUUUGGUGUCCUACAACACGAUGCUGAAAUCAUGCAGCAAGGCUGGAGAUGUGCCUUCGGCCAUUCGAUGGUUGAAGGAGAUUUCCAAGGCCUCCUUGAGUCCCGAUGUGAUUUCCUGGAACUGUGCAAUUGGCGCCUGUGCAGCUUCAAAGCCCAUUGAGAGUGCCAAGGCGGAGGAAUUCUUCAGGCAGUUCGCAGCGAGUGGGCUGAAGCCAGAUGGACUCUUGCUUCGCACUUUGACUUCGGCCGUGGGCCCCAAGACGCGACGCUGGCUGUGCGAAGAGUUGGAAGAGCACUGGAGUGGAAAAGAGCGUUUCGGACCGUUUUGGAGUGGAGAAUCAAACCACCUAAGGUUGACACACACGCACACACAAGUGUAG